CAUAUAGUUGAGUGUCAAGUAGUAAGUAUAUUUUCACUGUUAUUGCUCUCUCCAGUUCAAACUUUAAGGUGCUGAUACAGGGCUGGUGGUAGUAACAGCCUGGUACUGUAUUUGCAGUAGAAAUAGUCUGUCCUUUGUCCGGUCAGUCCCACCAGUCUAGUCCUUAGCAAAAAUUCGGAACUGUCUGUCCUUCAUCCGUUUCUCCAACUGAUUUCCCAGUAGUAAUUUCUACGAACAAUCUAGUCAAUAUUCAACAGUGAAAAGGUACACUAUCAUUCCAUUUGAUACAUUAAAUAUUGGCAUAGUAUUCAGAAUCCUCAUGAAAAAUUGGGCUGGAGAAUGUACUCAAAAAUUCUUAUGUUAGUAUUUUUGAUAAUGUUGUAACCGUUGAGCAGCUCAACAUUUCCAUGUCACCACGCGUGCUUGGUUACUGCGCGGAUACAAAAAACUAACACUAACAAACACUAGUUAUUUUUUGCCUAAAUACACGCACCUCAACAUGGUACAAGCGCGCGAAUUGAGUUUUUGUAACCAGAAAUUGUAACCAAACCCUUCCUUAAGGAGAGCCCAUAUUUUUUACACGAUACUACUAGUAGUGUGGUUACAAAAAAAAAGGGUCUGGUUACAAAAAAAGCGCACAGUGCGCUCAUGUGCGCUUGUAACCAGGAGCACAGGCGCACCAUGCACCUCAACAGGUACAAACUAAAAACUGUCGUCACUAAAUACUGUACGUAGUUUUAGUACUAAAAAAUGCGAGCAGUUUUCAGUGAAAAACUGAUCUUGAUUGCUAUUCCAGUACAAGCUCGUGUAGAAAAAAGCGUAGAAAUAUUGAUUUGCAGGGGAAAACUGCAGGGGAAAACAAGCAAAAAAUCAAGCAAAACACCAGCAGCAGAGCAGAAUGCCGUAUCGUAUCAGCAACUCAGCAACUCGUAUCAGUGUCCUCUGUAUCGUAUCAGCGGCUCCUCCGUAGUAAUAUCAUAUCGGCGGCUCCUCCGUAUUGUAUCAGCGUCCCCUGUAUCGUAUCAGCGUCCCCUGUAUCGUAUCAGCAUCUCCUCCGUAUCAUAUCAGUGUCCUCCGUAUCAGCGGCUCCUCCGUAUCGUAUCAGCAGCUCCUUCGUAUCCUCUGUAUCGGAUGGCUCCGUAUCGGAGGGAAAAGAGCCCAUUCCCCUAUAUUGUGGAGGCAGUGCUGCCUUUCCGCGCAGUAACCAAGCGAGCGUGGUUACAUGGAAAUGUUGAGCUGCUCAACGGUUACGUAAAUAUCUGUGGAAGAGCUAGCGCAGCACAACAAGUACUAUCUUCAGCAACACCAACAACAAGCUCUCGAGCUAAAGCUCUCGAGCUUGUUGGUGGUGUUGCUGAAGAUAGUACUUGCAGUAACAUCACUUUGAUCUCGAGCUAAAGCUCUCGAUCUCAGUGAUGUCACUGGUGUAACCAAAUUGUAACCAGAAUUUUGUACCUUGUCGAGUCCGUGUUAUUAUCACGGGAAAAUUUUUGUACCAUGCGCUCUCGAGCUAAGCUCGAGAGCGCAUGGUACAAAAAUUUACCUAUGAAAUUUAUGUACGUACCGUACAUACUUCAUCUCGUAUACUUAAGUAUGUCAGAAUAGAUCAAAUACGGAAAUUUCAAUGAUUAUGAAAGCCAUACCGUACCGGCCGGUACGGUAGUAUCUUAGUUAGGCAUCUAUUUUUGAAACAUACGUGCAAUCUGUUAUUCUCUAUGCAAUGGAUACGUACGUACAUGGAAUUGAGCAUACGUACGAUACAGAAUUAAGGAUACCGUACGUACGAUACGGAAUCGGUAUGGUUGGACAUAUCAUUCCUACCUAUGUAUCAUAGAGAACCAUUCCUAUCUACGUAUCAUACGAUCCAUCAUACGAGUACCGAGUCAUGCAAGAGGUCUAAGAUAUUUUGGUAUGGAAAAGACCAAUGAUGUCACGAAUCAUGAAUAGAAAGAACCUCACGUAGACUCAGUACCGGGAUGUACAUAGGGAUCUAGUCGAAACUCAAGAACUCACAGUGACACCUCAAGAUAGAAUCGUAACAUUUUUUUCAUCAUUCAUAUAACCUUCAAAAUGUACGUGUGCUCUUUAGAGUUGUAUUACUACGUGUUUACAAAUUUCGAGGUAUGUUUUCGGGAAUACGUUUCAGUGGUACAGAAGACACAGACAGACAGCUCAACUUACAUAUUUUCCCCCCAUUUUCGGAAUUUGGAAUCCUGUAUAAAUUGCAUGCAAUUUCACAAAAUUCCAAAGUGGCAGGAACUUUGGGAUUUUCACUAAACGAGACUGGAUAUGGUUAAGUCAAGGAUUCCAAAUAAAAAAUAUGUAAAUGACAUAUUUUUUGGUAKUMGUGRGCCUACGACUACCAAAAAAUAUGUCAUUUACAUAUUUUUUCGAGCCGGCCGGUCUCAUUUUUACACAGAUAUAUGUUAUCGGGAAUGACCCAAUAAAGCGUUUAGAAAAUCGUUACGAAGUUGCCAACUCAUUAGACUUUUACCCAAUAAGAUGACUGCGAGUAAUGUUUCAGCAAAACUCCGUGAAUUAAACCUGGCAAAACUCUGAGAAUUUGCGAGAACUUACUGUCUCUUGCCGUGCAAAUACGAGGCUAUUAUCUUUAAUCUUGCUUUUCGCACCGAUAUAUUUCGUAGCACUAGCACUAGCACUAGCACUAGCACUAGCACUAGCACUAGCACUAGCACUAGCACUAGCACUAGCACUAGCACUUUUUAUUCUCUCAUAAUUUCGCACUUUUUAUUCUCUCAUAAUUUCUAAAGCUAUUGCUAACAUCAAUACUUGACCACAACCACCAUGCUCCUUCAUGUAACCGAUACUUCCCGCCCUGUGCAACCCCACGGUGCAGGGGACCUCUCGUGUGGCGGCGAUUCCAGAGAACCGACCAGACAAGAGAAGAUGUGUCGCAGGACUUCGAGUUUGCGAAUGUCCAUCAACUACAACUCCAAUUCAAGCGCCCAAGCUCUCGGUUCAUCGACCCUCACCCCCUUCCUUGCCCGUGUCACGACAAAGCUGAACGAAAGCCUUCCCAAGGGCGAAGUCUUCAACGUAUACGAUUACGGUUGUGCCACCGGAGGAUCUUCGAUCGCGCCAAUCACCGCCAUCUGCGAUAGGAUCGGCGAUCGAAAGCUCCGUGCCAACAUGGUGGAUCUACCAAUGAAUGAUUGGGAUGUCCUGAGGAUCACCGUCGAACCCCAGUUUCCGGACGUCGACUUUGUCUACAAGCCCCAAAGCAUGUAUCUCCCCAUCGCCAACGAGGGAACCGUGCACCUCGGCUAUUCCAGCUACGCCCAGCACUGGUUGGGGGAUGGUGCGCCGAUCGGUCUGCCCGAAGGUGCCAUGUGGGCAAACCAACUUCCACCGGGUCACCAAGAUCGCUUGGUCUGGGAAGAGUCCUCGAAAAGAGAUUGGGAGACCCUGCUUGCCCUUCGUGCCCGGGAAGUGGUGCCCGGAGGCUUUCUGGUCUUCCACAUCCAGAGCUCGUCGAGCUGUGGUGGUCUCGGCGAGGCUUGUGCCGCGACGAUGCAGCAAGCAAAGCUGGAAAUGAUAGCCGACGGCGAGAUCUCCGUUGAGCAGGCCCGGAAGAUGGUGGUGCCGGAAUACCUGAAAUCGCCAACAGAGAUUCUUGCCUCCGUGACCUCCGGUGCGAAUCAGUUGCUCUGGAGUGUCGAGGAACUGCAGUACAAAAAGCUUCCCUGCCCCCUCGGAGAGGACUUGUGUGGAAGAAGCGAAAACGACCUGGGUGGUGAUUUCGCAGACAAGAUCAUCAAGCAGCAAAUCGAUAUGCUUCGCGCCUUCACGGAUAGCUCACUCGAAUUAGCUCUCGACAGUGAGCAGCUCGAAACCUUUUGGGCUCGCGCCCAAAGACUCGCCAACGGGAAUCCCAAAAAAUUGGAAUUCGACGUGAUGGGUACCUUUAUCGUCCUGAAGCGAUCAUCCGUCUCCCCUGUCGACCACCUCAUCUGUGCAUGAUCGAUUGGGUGUGGUUUUAUCAUCGUAUAGUUCCCGUUAUUCCAGUGCAGUCCUGGCUUCGGAGAAGUCCCAGAAUAUAUUUUUUUGUGGCGCGGCGUGCUGGUAUUGACUAAACACCGCAGUGGCGAAUUUCGUUCCGUUUCGGGAUGCGGUUAGCGAUAAUGUCAGUGAAGAACAUUAUCAGUGAUGAAGUGAUGUGCGAUCGAAGAUCCGUUGUUACGGUGUAGUGGAGAACUUAAUUUCAUUUAAUUUAAUACAGUAAAAUUUAAUUU